AUGGGCGGACGUGCCAGGUUACUCAUGUUUCUGAUUUUCAUUUUGAUAUUAGCGAUAGUAAAUUUAUUAAAGAACGAGUCCACAAAAUCUUCGACACAAACGAUGCCGCAGAACACAAAUUUUAUCGAUCGCCUUCACUUCCCUACUAAUGAUAAUGGUAAAUAUUUGGCAGAUGAAAGCUGUCAGUCGCUGUUUAGUGUCACUGCUAAUGUGAAAUACUUGAAAACUAAUUCUGGUGACGUUUUCAAAGCUUUGCAAGAAAUAAAACGGAAAUUUGAACAAAACAUCGCUGGAUCUACGGAGCCAUAUGAAAAUUUAAGUCGAUUUUACCCCAGUCUCCUUGAAAAAAUGUUUCGGCGCUCAGAGCUCAAGCAAACAGUUCAGUAUCCAGUAAACCUCACGUCUACAUAUAGAGUAAAAGAAUCAAUGCUAAAAAAUCAGCCUGUUUAUUCGUAUAAAAUUACUGAAAAGUCAGUUCUAGAGUUAACGGCAAACACGCUGCCGAGCCUCCCGUGCAUGAUGGAGAUGUACGAGUACCCAGAUACUUUGCGGUGCCUAAAUCGAACUGUCACGAAUAACAACGGAACUUACAACAUCACUUUCUUGGGAGACUCCAAACUAAGAGAUUUGUUCUUCACUUUGCUUAUGGAGACCAGGCAUCUUGACUACGUUAUACAUCGAGAUAAUGGCACGACAUCCUUGACGGAGUCUCUGCUGGAGAUGGUGGAUGACCGCCAUAUUUGGAGCAGUAGACAUGCCGUGUCAUCGACAAUUCCUGGGCUGCGGAUCUCGCUCGUGUUUGAACGCUUCAGUUUUUUCACCCAGAAAAGCAUCAAAGAAAGCAUCAGCGUACAGCAGCUGAUAGGGUGGAUAGAAGACGAAGCCCAGGCCCCCGACGUCCUUAUCAUAGCUGAGGUAUUCUGA